AUUUUUGAUCUCUUCCUAUAUAAAAUCUCUCCCUUUUCUUAGCCUCUCAACACCUCCAAACUUCAAUUUUAUAUUGAAAGAAAGACCCCUCCCAUCUUUCUAAUCUCUCUUCAAAAUCCUUAACAAUUAUCCAUGGAGAAGUCUGUUUAUUCAUCCGCCCAACAAUUCCCUCACCCAUUGCCUUCCUUUCCCAGCUCCGCCCUGGAAAGCGGUUGGACUGCCUAUUUGGACAGCCCCUCCGACGAUGACACCAACACUUUCCCCACCUCCUCCUUGCUCUCUGACGCCGCUUCUCACGCUGUUGCUGCCGCCCUCCCUCCAACUCCGCUCACCAACCACCUCCGAUUCCCAACGAAGUUGAUUCUCAAGCCCAAACAACCACACCUUUUUGUUGAUACUUCUCUUGAAGAUACUGCCAGUUCUCCUGAUAAUAGCCCCAAGGUCGGUGAUCAUUUGGGGCCGUUCGAUGGGAAUCAUUAUCGAAGAAAGAGUUCACUGGGAAAUGGAGAGAAAUAUAGAGAUCAUGAAAGAAGAUUGGAGAUAAGUUUUAAAAGGAAGGCUUCUGAAUACACAGACUUGAAGAAAAGAGGAUUGUGUUUGGUUCCUUUGUCCAUGCUCACAAAUUACUUGGAUUGAAGAUUUGGCAUACCAAGACCAUAGUUCGGUAAAUAAGAUACAUAUACUUAAUACUCUCAAUAUUCAACAUCACUUCUCUUCGUUGAUAUUCGAUAUCUCACUUCAUAUAAUUGUCGAGAUGUCAAAUUCUAAAAAGAAAGAAAGUUUGUAUAUGAUAGUGAAAGUUUUAUAGUCAACUAGUGACCUACCUAAUUUGGGUAAGGUUACAAGCAUGGCCUUUAUGGUCGGCUUAAUAUGUAAAAUUGUAAACUUAAUUCAGACUAAAUUUACUUACUAAGUUAGCUACUCUAUUAGUUUAGUCCGUAUAAUUGACAUGUACUCUUUCUUUUUAAAGUCGAAUGUUCAAUCUCA